UGCAGCUAACUUCAUGUACUUGCAUGUCCUGUCUCAGACUGAUCUGUAAGGUGCUACGAAGGACAGGAUGUUGUCAAGACUAAGUUUUCGUACUGUCCCUCUUCAACUGAAGGCUGCAGGUACUUGUGGAAUUCAGACAACUGCAGCAGUAUCUAAUGUACCACGUCCAAAGCGUCCCAUAGAAGCACCUCCAGUUAAACUUGGAUUUAUUCCACAGGAAUGGUUUCAAUUUUUUUAUCCUAAAACUGGUGUAACAGGUCCAUAUGUAUUUCUGACAUCUGUAUCAACAUUUCUCGUGUCCAAAGAAUUUUAUGUUCUGGAACAUGAAUUUUAUAAUGGCCUUUCCUUGCUGUUCAUUAUUAUGUAUGUUCAAUAUAAAUAUGGACCGCAGAUUGCGAAAUUUCUAGAUAAAAAAGUUGAUGAAUUUGAGGAAGAGAUGAAUUCUAAUAAAGAAGCAAUUAUCACACGUUGUCAGAAUGGAAUUAAUGAGAUGGAAAAAGAAAAAUGGCGUACAGAAGGACAAUUGAUGAUUUAUGAUAUAAAAAAACAAAAUGUUUUAAUGCAAUUAGAAGCUAAUUAUAGGGAACGAUUGGCAAUAGUUUAUUAGGUUAAGAAACGUCUUGAUUACCAUGCCCAGUUACAAAGUAUAGAACACAGAAUUGCUCAAAAGCACAUGGUUCAAUGGAUUACAAGCAAUGUAUUAAAAGCCAUUACACCAGAACAAGAGAAAUCUAAUCUUCUGCAAUGUGUUAAAGAUCUUGAAUCCCUUUCUGCAAAAGCAUAAAGUUUCAUAUUAAACCAGAAUAGAAUUAUUAUUAGUGAUUCGGGCUAGUUUAUUGUAAAAAGUAAUAAAAAUAUUAUGAAAAAAGU